AUGCCGCGUAAAGUGAAUUACGGAAUUGAUUAUGGUGAUGAAGAUUAUGAUGAUUACGACGAUUAUGACUAUGAUUAUGACGUAGAAGAUCAUGUGGAAGCACCUGAGCCUAAGCAAGAAACGAGGAAUAGGGAUAAGGUUCGGCUAUGGCGUUGCUCAAUUUGCACUUAUGAUAAUGAUGAGAGAAUGACUGCAUGUGAUAUUUGUGGGGUUAUUCGUAAUCCUGUUCCUGGCAAUUUUAAGGAUGAUAAGGAAACAGCUGGCAGUAUGUGCAAAGAUUCAGGAGUAUCCAUAAUGGCCAAGUCUCUUUUUGCAUCAUUGCCACAUCGGACACCACAAAAGGCUGUAGUAGGUCAACAGCGGAAUGAUGAUUUUGUGACAGAAGAUGGCAAUAACUUCCACAAGCGUGGGAAUUUUCAAGGAAACUUUGAUGAAUUCCAUAAGGCUCUUAGUUCCCUUAACCCUGCCCGUUUUGAUAUAGCUCCUUUCAAGUUUGAUGUUCCGUCUCCAGAUGAUUUGGUUUCUAAUGGGUUACGUUCCUCCAAAUUUAGUUCCAAAGCCAACCUUUUCAACUCCAGAUCUCCAAAAGUAUCUGCUGGCGUUACUGAGACUGUUAAAAGUUCUGAUAAAUUAUCUGCAUCGAUGCCAAAAGGCAAACAAGGUAACAUGGAUUACAGCAAUCAUUUAAUGAAUGGAGCUCUGCAACCAAGCUGCAAAAGUUCUGACAGUUCUUCUGCUUCUAUUUCUAAAGGCAGGCCUGGUGUGGAUGAGGGCAAUUAUAAGAAGAAUGGCGUAGUUGACCCUCAAUCAAGUGACGAAACUUCAGAUAGCACAUCUUCAUUGAUGCCAAAAGGCAAAGAUAAAAGUGUUGAUUAUAACAGUUUUUCAAUAAAUGGGGGCAAGUCUCUUGGUCUUACUGGUAAUUUGAACGACACACUUUUGUCUGAUAAAUCUGGAAACUCAAAGAAGGCGAGUACCAAGAGGCCUAAGUCAUCUGCACAGUAUCAACCUGAUAAAUGGAUGCUCCCCGACAAAUCAGAAAAUGCAUUGACACAGCUGAAUCUUGCAAUUGUUGGCCAUGUUGAUUCUGGGAAAUCAACACUCUCAGGAAGACUACUACAUCUUUUGGGACGAAUAACCCAAAAAGAAAUGCACAAAUAUGAAAAAGAAGCGAAGUUACAGGGCAAGGGAUCAUUCGCUUAUGCUUGGGCAUUGGAUGAGAGUCCUGAAGAGAGGGAAAGGGGAAUAACUAUGACAGUCGCUGUUGCUUAUUUUGAUUCCAAAAAUUUUCAUGUUGUUGUGCUUGAUUCCCCAGGACAUAAAGACUUUGUCCCGAACAUGAUAUCUGGGACUACACAAGCUGAUGCUGCCAUCCUUGUUAUAGAUGCCUCCACUGGGGGUUUUGAAGCUGGGAUGGACAGCAAAGGGCAAACUAGGGAACAUGCAAGUCUUAUUAGAAGCUUUGGUGUUGACCAGAUUAUUGUGGCGGUUAACAAAAUGGACUCAGUGGGGUACUCCAAAGAUCGGUUUGAUUUGAUUGUAACACAACUUGGAGCAUUUCUUCGUUCUUGUGGAUUCAAGGGUUCCUUGGUGUCAUGGAUUCCAUUGAGUGCAGUGGAAAAUCAAAAUUUAGUUGCAGCUCCUUCUGAUGUUCGUUUGUCUUCCUGGUACCGCGGACCUUAUCUGUUGGAUGCAAUUGACUGUCUUCAGCCGCCAACAAGAGAUUUCUCAAAACCUCUUCUUAUGCCCAUAGGUGAUGUAGUCAAAUCAUCUUCACAGGGGCAGGUAUCAGCCCACGGUAAAUUGGAGACUGGUGCUCUUCGGAGUGGAUUGAAGGUUUUAGUUAUGCCAUCAGGAGAUGUGGGGACAGUACGCUCCCUAGAACGAGACUCUCGGCCUUGUGCUGUUGCAAGAGCAGGAGAUAAUGUGACUGUCAAUCUCCAAGGCAUUGAUGGAAAUAAUGUGAUGGCUGGAGGUGUUCUAUGUCAUCCUGACUUCCCUGUUGCAGUUGCACAACAUUUUGAGCUGAAGGUGCUCGUCUUAGAUUUUUUGACAAUUCCAAUUGUGAUUGGUUCUCAAUUGGAAUUCCACAUACACCACGCAAAGGAGGCUGCAAGAGUUGUUAAAAUAAUAUCAUUACUCGAUCCAAAGACUGGCAAGGUGUCGAAGAAGGCACCUCGGUGUCUUACCUCAAAGCAGAAUGCCGUAAUUGAGGUGGCUCUGGAUGGACCAGUUUGUGUGGAAGAGUUCUCGAAUUGCAAAGCUCUUGGAAGGGCGUUUUUGAGAACUUCAGGGAAAACCAUUGCUGUCGGAAUCGUAACUCGGAUAAUCAAGGAUCAGGAAUAA